AAGUGUUUAUAUUCAGAAGGCCAGAAUGACGUCGUUUAGCUCUUUAACUAGAGGAUUGGCCAACUGCCAAGUUGUGUACUACGUGGAGCUAGCCUAAACAUGAAACAAAGCACACACCUGCAACGCUUAGAUGAAAUGAAAGCUAAACACAAGCCACUUGAGUGCAUCAUUCAUGGCCGUGCUAUGAGCUUUCUAUAUCACACUCCAUUAGCCUCUUGAUUGUAUCAGAGCCAUGGGAAGUACUAGUGCUCCUGCUCUGUCUUUGUCAAGACUGGACUCUCCAUUUUUGUCCUCUCGAAGAAACACGAGUACAGCUCCACUUUCACUCACUUUCGGCAGAGGAAACCUCCAUCGAUUUCAGAUGCCUGGCCGCAUUUCUAAGUUUGAUGGCUCGAACUCAAACGGGUUUGUGUUAUUAUCUUCUGUAAAUGGUCAAUUUGAAGCCAACAAUGCUCCUGAGGUCCAAGUUCAAAGCAGUUAUUGGAACUGGAAGGGUUAUUCUAUCCGCUAUCAACAUGCUGGCAACAGCGGCCCGGCAUUAGUAUUAAUUCAUGGUUUUGGAGCAAACAGUGACCAUUGGAGAAAAAAUAUUCCAGUUCUAGCAAGAUCACAUAGGGUGUACUCUAUUGAUCUCAUUGGUUAUGGGUACUCGGACAAACCAAACCCUCGUCAGUUUGGUGAAAGUUCCUUUUACACAUUUGAUACAUGGGCCACUCAGAUAAAUGAAUUUUGUAUUGAUGUGAUCAAGGAUGACGCAUUUUUCAUAUGCAACUCUAUUGGAGGUCUUGUUGGUCUUCAGGCAGCAUUUAUGGAGCCACAGAUAUGCAAGGGUCUAAUGCUUAUAAAUAUAUCUCUUCGUAUGCUUCAUAUUAAAAAGCAGCCAUGGUAUGGGAGACCGUUAAUAAAAUCAUUUCAGAACAUACUGAGAAAUACUGCUGUUGGAAAAUACUUUUUCAAAACUGUUGCCACACCAGAGUCUGUGAGGAAUAUCCUGCGCCAGUGCUACCAUGAUCCCUCUCAAGUGACAGAUGAAUUAGUUGAAAAAAUUCUUCUUCCAGGACUUGAGCCUGGUGCCGUAGACGUGUUCUUAGAGUUCAUUUGUUAUUCAGAUGGCCCUCUACCUGAGGAACUAUUACCUAAAGUGAAGUGUCCUGUUUUGAUAGCGUGGGGUGACAAGGAUCCAUGGGAACCUAUUGAACUUGGACGUGCCUAUGGAAAUUUUGAAUCUGUAGAAGACUUUGUUGUUCUUCCUAAUGUUGGCCACUGCCCUCAGGAUGAGGCACCUGAUCUUGUAAAUCCACUGGUCGAGUCAUUUGUGGCGCGCCAUGCUGCACUCUCAUCCAGUAUUUCGUAAACUUCCUGAUCCAGAUUGCAGUUCAUUUGUUCUGUGCUGCAAAGUGAAGAUGCUGAUUUCGUGGAGGCCACUACUAUAGUAGUCACGGCUCAAUCCAAUCACUACUUGUACGUCUGCACUCACAAGUACUAUACAAACUUGUUUUGUUUUGUCCAUACCAUAUUGCGCAUAGGUAUACUGAUUUUUAGAGAUUGCAAUUUGUUUAGUGAUAUAUCUCAGCUUCACACUGAGCAACGUUAUCUGCAUUAAUUUGCUGGGAAAGGGAGUUAUUAGGAGGUUUGUUCUUUAAUUUGCUGUGUUUUAUUUUUCCUUUGGAAGAAAAAAGGGAUAAAUAAACGUUAUAUUUGUCCGGUCGUUCAGCAGAAGGGGCUUCAUGCUCUUUUGCAGAAUUACAAGUGUAUCGUCUUCUGUAUUGUACAUAUCAUUUGAGGAUAUGAGAUUGCGCAGCAUCCAAUAA